GGAGAUAAGGUUACAUUCAUCGAGCUGGUACCGCGGACACUCGUUGUGACAUUGUACAAAGUAUAUCGCGGAAGAUGGCUGCGAUUAAAAAGUAUUUUAAAAAAGAAUUCCAAGUUCCUAUGUUAACAUUGGAGCACGAUGAUUUGACGGAUUUUUAUUUGAGCUCCUGUCAGAAGAACCGUUCGGCUGUGCCUCUCUUGUGUUUACGGAUGAUUGUGUUUUUAGGGUGUGUAGGAAUACUGCUAUCGUCAAUGAUACUGACGAUUCCCCAGAUGAAUUUUGGACAUUGGUGUAUAUUCCUCACGCAUUGGGGUGUAAUUUUAAUUACAAUUACAUCGGGUAGUGCUGCGUUACUCUCGCUCAAAGUCUGUAUAGGAGAUCCGAAUCGUACAUCGACUGACUUACAAUUGUAUGUGAAAAUUUACUGGGUGCUCUAUAACAUAACAGUCCCUUUGGCAGUCCUCAUCACUGCCUUUUAUUGGACUUUUCUUACUGGAGCAGAUGUGGAUUUCGCGGUAGAUCCAGUAUUAGACGUGUUCAUCCACGCCGUGAACGCGGUUGUAAUGAUCGUGCUGGUGGUGUUCUCCCGGACACCGUCGCGUCUGCUGCACUUCCUGCACCCACUGGGAUUCGGCAUCAUAUACGUCAUCUUUAGUGUAAUCUACUAUGCAGCAGGCGGUUUAAGCCCAUUUGGCGCUGUCUACAUUUAUCCAAUGUUGGAUUGGUCGUCACCUGGUAUAGCGAUGAUAACUGUUGUGGGUUCGGCGAUAUUCCUCAUACUUGGACAUGUUCUUAUAGUCCUUAUAGCCCUCGGUAGAGAUAAACUUAGCAAUCGAUUCUUCAAGGACACACAUUCCAUGAACAUUUAUAGCGACGCCUACAACUGAGAUAUUAAUUUCGUCCUUAGUGCUAAAUUAAUAAAUGUCAGUUUCAAUAUUUAUAGUUUGAUUACUUCUAAAAGUAGUACUUUGACCACUUUUGACUGCUUAUUAUUUUGUUAAGCAUUUCCUACUAAGAUUGGCUAUUAAGUUCGAUAUUGAUUGAUAAGGAUUUAUUUAAUCUGAAUUGUUACGAAGAUAAAAAUGUAAUCCUUUAUAAAUAAUACCUUUAUUGAGAACAUGAUUUGAAGUUUUUUAAUUCUCUGAACUAUGUAAUGACUGGUUUUUCUAGACAAUUUUAUUUUUUUAAUUAUUUAUUUUUAUCUGAAUUUAUAUACAUACGAAAUUGAAUAACGGUCUUAGUUUUUUUUAAGAUAUACAUUAAUUCAUUACAAUUUCCUCAAAUAAAUACAAUGUAAUGAAUUGAUCUAUUAGGUCUGUCCUUGUCUGUCCUUGUCUGUAAGGUUUCAUUGGUGUCAAAGAAAUUAAGACACCCUAUAAACUAAUAAAAUGUUUUUAUUAAUGUUCGCUAAAAAGGCGAAAAGCGUUAAAAUUAAAGUAAUUGUAUCAACGUUUUGUUUUACUUGUAUAGACUUUAAUCACGUUUAAAUAAAACGGGACGCCACUUUACUCCAAAUCUAUGAUUUAUUAU